CCAGGGCUCCUAGAAUUAAAAGGAUGACAGGAAAAAGAGAACUUUAAGAAUUUGAAGAUAAAGUUGUGGGUGUCCCUCAGAAAGCAGAAACAGAAACACACAGAGAUGAAAGGUAGGAGAGUAAACAUAAGAAAAUUAGAACAUCAUUCCAGGAAGUCUAACACCCAGUUAAUGGAAAGUGAGAUUAAAAAAAAAAAAAAAAAAGGAGGAAGAAAAUCAUCAAUAUCAUCAACGAAAUAAUUUAGAAAAUUUCCCAGAACUGAGGGAUAUGGUUUUCAGAUUGAAAGAGCCCACCAGGUACCCAGUUUAAUGAAUAAGAACAGACUCCUGGGGAGAAAACAUGAUCAUUAAAUUUUAGAAGACUAACUUUAAAAGGUCUGAGGGUUAAGAACAGGUAGGUCAUAUGAAAGGAUAAAGAAUUAGAAUGGCAUAGCAUCACAUUCCUUAACAGAAAUACUAGAAACUUGAAAACAAUGGGGCAAUGACAUCAACAUUUUAAGGAGAAACUACUUCCAACCUAGAAUUCUGUUUCUAGCAAAAGUAUCAUUCAAGGUCUCAAACAACUUCCCUCCUAGGUACCUUUUCUCAGGAAGCUCCUAAAGGAAGCUCCUUUGAAGCAAGGCAGUAAACCAAGACUUGACACUCUAGAAAACAAGAAUCCAGUAACAAGGACAAAAAGGGAAUCUCUACGAUGAGGGUGAAGAGAGAUUAGAAAUCAAUAGCUGUAUAGAAGGUAUAGAGAUCAGCUCAUCCAGAUCAGAGCAUGGUAGCAGGCUCCAGGAGAGACUUUGUUAAGUAGAUAAAACUGAUUACGUACCUAAUGUGCAUAAACUAUAAGAGAUUUGCACAGCUAGAAUUUGUGCAUAAAUUCAUAGAAAACCGAGCACAUGAAAAAACAGUACAAUUAAUUCAGAGAAAAAGUGUGCAGGAACAGAAAAGUAAUCAUGUUAUAUGGCUCAGCCAUUGAUGGUAUUUGUGCAUUCAUGAUAAAAUAAACACUGAAUACUGAUCUAACCAAAAUUAUAAGUAACUAUGUUAGGAAAAUGAAGAGGCAGGAACAGUUGAAGUGUUGGGGAUAAAGGUAGGUAUUUGAAAGACAGCACAAGACUCUUAUCUCCCACAGUUGGAAAUCGAACGAUAAUACCAAUGGAUAAUACUUUAAACUGAAAAAUCAAGAAGUAGCAACGUAAGCAUAUACUUAAACAUGUACACAUACAUAAAUCUAUAUUCUUAUGGACUUUCUUCUGUGUACUUACAUAUUAAAAUGUUUAAAUGUAUAACCACUUCAACUGCUUUAAAGCUCCUUUCAACAGAUCUAAGAACUAAUGAGACAUCCUAAAAAAUAUUAGCCUCUCAUUCUCCACAGGUAAUUAUAGUUUGUUAAAAUCAGAGUGCAGGGAUGGUGAAGGGUCGUGUGCUUGUUUUAUGCUUUAUGCGUUUUAGAUUUUUUUUUUUAAAAGGGAAUUAAAAUGUUCUUAAUAAUUGCUAAAACUCCAGUCUCCUAUUGAGGUGAAAUACUCUCUUUUCUAUCAGGCCAGCAAUAUGAAAAUCACAUGCAUUACAAUCUUCUUUUGGCCUCUCUCCAUGACAUUAUCAUCAGAUGAAAGCCAGGCUUCUAAAACAGAAGUCAAAUGCAAUUUCACUGAAAAGAAUUAUUCUUUGAUUCCAGCGGACGUCAAUAAAGAUGUUACUAUACUUGAUCUCAGUUAUAACAAAAUUACUUUGAAUGUUACAGACAUAAGCAUUCUACGGAUGUAUUUUUUACUCACUGAGCUCUAUUUGAUCGAAAACAAUGUCUCUAUCUUACAUAAUAACAGUUUUGAUAACCUCUCCAAUCUAGAAAUUUUAAAUAUCUGUAGAAACUCCAUCUAUGCAAUUCAACAGGGUGCUUUUAUAGGCUUAAAUAAACUAAAACAGUUACAUCUCUGCCAAAACAAAAUAGUUCAGCUGGAUCCUGAUAUGUUCAUGCCUCUAAAAAACUUGAUACUUCUGAAUCUGCAAGGCAAUUUGAUAAGCUCUUUUGAUGUUCCACAACUAUUUCAUCUAGAAUUAAUAAUUUUAUAUGGAAAUCCAUGGAACUGCUCCUGUAGACUAUUCAAUUUGCAGAAGUGGUUGAACACAUCAAAUGUGACACUAGAAAAUGAGAACAUCACGAUGUGUAGCAACCCAAAUAUCCUGAAGAGCUACAGUAUUAAAACAGUACCUUACAAGGCUAAAUGUCACUCCAAAUUUUCUUCAUCUAUAACUGAAGAGCUUUAUGUCUAUUUUAAGUCUAUUAACAAUUCAACAUUUAAUCAUUCUUUGAACAACUUAACAAGAAAUUCAGAACAUGAACGUUUUGGAAAAAGCUGGGCUUUUCUUGUGGGUGUUAUUGUCAGUGUACUGACGACUUCACUCCUCAUUUUUAUUGCAAUCAAAUGCCCAAUAUGGUAUAAUUUUCUGCUUAGUUACAAUCAUCAUCGCCUGGAAGAGCAUGAAGCAGAAACCUAUGAAGAUGGUUUUACCGGCAAUCCAAGUUCUCUUUCACAGGCACCAGAUACAAACUCUGAAGAAACUUCAGUAAUAUUUGAACAACAACAUUCAUUUGUGGUAGAUGAUGAUGGGUUUAUUGAAGACAAAUACAUAGAUACCCACGAAUUACAUGAAGAAAAUUAAUUUAUUUUAAUGUUUCUUUUAAAAAUAUUAUCAUUCCACUCGCAGUUUAGACAUGGCAGUUUAGAUUCUGAUAUGUGACAUACCAAAUUACAGCUAAUACACAUUCAUAUUAAUUACAAUAUAGAUAUCAUAAAAUUAUGUUUUUUCAUUGGUACUGAACAAGCAGAUCAAAAUAUAAUAACUGACGCUUUUCAGCAGCCAACAGUUACAUGGUUAGUCUACGAUAUUAACAUUGCUAUUCUUAGUAGUAUUUAAGAGCUCAUACAUAUUAUAAGGAAAAAGCCACAAGUAAGUUAUCGAUUAAUUAAAAUGAAUUGAUUCUCAUAUUAACCCAGAUAUCCGGAUGUAAUACAUCUUCAAUUAUAAUAAAGCUCCAAUCAACAAACAAACAAAAAAAAGAGAUUUUGGAUUUUUAUCUUUAUGAGUCAAAGUAAGGAACAGUGAUAAAUGACAAUGCACCUACUCUUCACUUAUCAACUACCUCAUAAUCUGACAUUUCACAUUUACAACAAUAGUAAAAAAAUCUACUAGCUGACUAUUUUGCACAUAAACGACAUAUGUCUGGGAGUAAUGAACACUGAGGUGCGAGAUGAGAGUAACACUGGCUUGAUGGCUAAGGUUAUGUGUCAACUUGGCUGGGCCAUGAUUCUCAGUGG